GACAGCAGAUAUAGGAAGUUACAAUUCGACAAGGACGAGAACAACUUGUCUACCGGUACAAGAUUUUCGAUUACCAUUCAAAUUGUAUUAAAUCUCAAGUGUCUUGCUGCCAACUAAAUCUAAAUUAUUGUUGCUUUUAUGUUGAUAUUUUACAUAUUUUUUUACUUGUCAGUUGCGUAUGUGAAUAUUAGUUUUUUUGAAUCAACUUGUUUUGGAAUCCUGGUGGGAAAGAAGCCUUCCUUGUUGUCAACUAUAGAGCUGUAGAGCAUAGAAAUGACCGGACCGUAAUGUCAGUGGUUGCAUGCUGAUUGGAGGAGGGCAGUGCCAGUGUCAGCCAGCAGGAUGAGUGUGUCUGACGGUGUGACGAGAACAACCAGUUUGGACAUGGAUCAAUUACAGCAACGGCAGACCGUCUUUCUCCAGAUCUACCCGCGUCUGCCCCAGGACACCGCUGCAUGUUGUACCCUCCAGGUCAGCCCUCGGGCCACGGCCGCUACGGUUAUCCAGAACGCAGGGGCCACGCUGGGCCUGGACAUGACCCGACACUACGCCCUCUUGGAGGUCAGGCAGGAUGGAGGGGCUGAGAGGAUGCUAAGGCACUCUGAGAUUCCCAUGGAGAGGGUGUUGCUGUGGCCCCCAGGGGCCCGGAACCAGCAUCCCCAGGAGGAGGGGUACUACUUCAUCCUGCAAGCCCAAGGAAGUGGAGGAGAUCUGGGGUCAGGGACUGGCGGUAGUGAGGUAUCUUCAUCAGAGGAAUAUGAUGACCUGUGCAGCCUCUCCACCCUGACCGAGGACACUAUCCUGGCCGCAUUGCGCCAGCGCUUCUACAAACACAACAUCUACACGUACGCCAGAGGCAUCCUGGUCGCCAUUAACCCCUUCAAGUUCCUACCCAUCUAUAACCCGAAGUAUGUCAAAAUGUACAACGACCAGCCACUGGGAAAACUGAGCCCUCACAUCUUUGCAGUGGCGGAUGUGGCGUUCCACACCAUGCUGAAGAAGCAGGAGAACCAGUGUGUGGUGAUAUCAGGGGAGAGCGGAUCAGGGAAGACCCAGAGCGCCAACUUCCUGAUUCACUGUCUGACGGCGUUGAGCCAGAAGGGCUACAGCAGCGGGGUGGAGAGGACCAUAUUAGGAGCAGGGCCUGUCCUGGAGGCAUUUGGCAACGCUAAGACGGCUCAGAACAACCACUCCAGUCGCUUUGGGAAGUUUAUCCAGGUCAACUAUCUGGAGAGUGGGGUGGUGAGAGGGGCAGUGGUAGAGAAGUAUUUCCUGGAGAAGUGUCGGCUAGUGUUUAGAGAUCGGAGUGAGAGGAACUACCACGUGUUCUACUACCUGCUGGUGGGAGCGUCCAAGGAGGAGCAGAGAGAGUUCAGUCUGCUGCAUCCUGAAGAUUACGCAUACCUACAACAGGAGGACUUUAAUUUAGAAGAUGCUGAGGACCUCAGGCGUGAGUUCAAGAGGCUUCAUCAGGCCAUGGAGAUGGUGGGAUUCCUGGUCCCCACCAAGAAACAGAUCUUCUCUGUGCUCUCUGCCAUCCUGUACCUGGGCAACGUGACGUACAGCCAAUCAGAAGACGGCCAGGGGCUGGAGGCGGGGCCAGCAGAUGUCCUCUAUACCCUGUCUGACCUCCUGGAGGUCAAACAGGAGUUGCUGGUGGAGGCUUUGACGAAGAGGAAACUAGUGAUGGCCAACAACACUGUAGUUCUACACUACACUCUCGAUGAGGCUGUGACAGCACGGGACUCGAUGGCCAAGUCUCUGUACAGCUCUCUGUUUGAUUGGAUCGUCCUGCACAUCAACCACGCUCUGCUCAACAGACGAGACAUGGAGGAGGCCGUCUCUUGUUUGUCUAUAGGUAUCCUGGAUAUAUUUGGUUUUGAGGACUUCCAGACGAACAGCUUUGAACAGUUCUGUAUUAACUACUCCAUCGAGAAAGUUCACUAUUACUUUCAUCAGCACGUCUUCACGCUGGAGCAGGAGGAGUACCAGGCAGAAGGGAUCAGCUGGAGUCCCAUUGACUACAAAGACAACCUGGGCUGUAUCCAUCUGAUCAGCCAGAAACCCACUGGACUGUUCCACAUACUGGAUGAGGAGAGCAAUCUCUCCCAGUCCACAGACAACACCCUGUUGGAGAAGUUCAAGCAGCUGCAUCAUGAUAACCCGUACUUUGUCCCCACCGCGGUGAUGGAACCAGCCUUCAUCAUACAACACUUUACUGGGACCAUCAAGUACCAGAUUAAGGAUUUCCGGGAGAAGAACACGGACCACAUGCGUCCGGAGAUCGUGUCGUUACUACGCAGCAGUCAGCGGGCGUUCAUGCGUCAGCUGAUCAUGAUGAUGAGGGAUGAUGGAUUUAACAUGAUGAUGAGGGAUGUUAACAAUGGUCAGAUCCUGAUGGCUGUGGCCUUUUUCCGAUGGGGAAUCCUCCGAUCGACCAUACACAUCAUAGCAGUCUUCAAGGAGGCCGAUGGCGAUGAUGCAGCCGCAGCUCUGGUGAAACCCUCCUGUUGCAUUACAGGGGAACUGAAGAGGAGACCCAUCUUGGCUCUACAGAGACUGGCCAGCUCCCGGCUGGACUUCUCAUUUGACCGGUCUGAUGACCACCCUCUGGAGGUGUUAGAGGACAUUUUCGUCAGCUAUGAGAACAGGAAAAAGACCAAAGGCAGCAAGCGCAAACAGCUCAUUCCCAAGAAUCUGAUGAACUCCCGGUCCCUGAAGCACAUAGUGGGUCUGACGCGCCACGACCUCACCCCCCGCUCUCUGCUCCACCCACACCCGAGGAAGCAACCGUCCAGCAUCAGCGCUCAGUUCCAGGCGUCUCUCAAUCAGCUGCUGGAGACUGUGGGGAGAGCAGAGCCUUUCUUCAUCCACUGUAUUCGUUCCAAUGCCGAGAAGAAGGAGAUGCUGUUUGACGACGCUCUAGUUUUACAGCAGAUGAGGUACACGGGCAUGUUGGAGACGGUACGCAUCAGGAAGUCUGGCUACAAUGCCAAGUUCACCUUUAAGGAGUUCCUAGAGAGGUUUAAGGUGUUGCUGCCAAAAGAAGCCACCUCAGCACCGAAGGACAUAGCGAACCUGCUACAGAAGAUGGGCCUGGGACAGAGCACAUACCAGAUUGGGAAAACUAAGGUGUUCCUAAAGGAGAGGGAGAGGCAGCAUCUGCAGGACACCCUGAACAAGGAAGUGAUGCGUCACAUCGUCAUCCUCCAGCGCUGGUUCAGGGCCUGUCUGAUCAGGAGACACUUCCUCUGCAAGAAAGAUGCUGCCAUCAGAAUACAGCGAUGUUGGCUGGCGUUCCGAGCGGACAACAGGUGCCUUGCGGCCACAGUGAUCCAGGCGGCAUGGAGAGGUUCUCAGGAGAGGACAGACUACUUGAGAAUGAGGAACAGCGUCAAGAAAAUGCAGGCACUGAUCAGGAACAAACAAGGUCCAGACAGCACUAAGGCUGAGGGAGAGAAGCCCGCCACGCCUCCCCAGCUCCCUCCCAAAACGCAGUCCAAGCAUCAGUACCAAAGCCAGCACCAGAGAAACCUGGAGAGGACGGAGCUGUGGAGGAGGCAGCACAGUGAGGAACACGGUCCCAACAGAAGCCCCGAGACAGGCCCAGAAGUCAAUGGACAAAAGGCCGCCCAGAGGAACACAGAGAUGGAGAAGAGAGAGGGAAGAGGCUCUCCACCUCCCCUCAACAGACCUCUCUCCUUCCCGCUAGACGCCAAGGCUGGCAGGGAUGGAGAGGGGGAGUCAACCAGCCCCCCCCAUCACACAGGCUCGCUGAAGGGCUGCUCCACCUUGGAGGACAGUAAGGAGCGUGCUGAGGGAUGGAAUGUGAGCAGGAGGGAGGGAGGACACCAGGAAGACUCCCGCGCUGAGGUCCAGCGACCCAGGAAUAUGGAGGGGUUGCUGUGGAACUCUGGGUCGGUGUCAGACAGCUCUCCCAUCGCUACUGAGUUUCCGAAAUGUUCUGAUAUUUCCACGGACGGGGCUAGUUUCAGCCUCCCAGAUGAGAGCAUAACCCGCAGAGACUCCAGCCAAUCCCAGCCGACCACUCCUGAUAGGCUUGGCAUCUUCAGUAAGUUUCGGAGGAAACGUCCGACUCGAAACUCACAGACAAAUGCGUACAGGAUGGUGACCAAUGAGAAUGCACCAUCUGGGAAAGGAGCCACCUCUACCUCCUCCCUGUACACUGGGCGCCGUGGUAACAACAGUGAAGGGCGUGGUAACACUACCAUCAGGAUCAGCCGAGCCACGCGGGUCUCCGAGCAGUGGAAUGCUUCUCUGGAACGGGAGAUCACCGACACUGAUGAGCUCCGACACCUGGAUGAGUUCCUGGGGACCCAGGUAAACGAGCUGAGGACCAGGGUAAAGGCGCUGUCAGCCACAGAGAUGAUCUUCCUUACAGCCACCAUGCAGUUCAGAGAGACCAUAAAGGGCAUGUACUCCGUCUUGAAGCCCCACAUCAGCUAUAAGGUCCUGAUGACGGGCUACUGCAACUGUGUGUCCAGUCAUGCUGGAGCCAAGCAGCUGACCGAGGUCAGCCUGGUGGUCAACCUGUUCCAGUCCAUCCUCGACGGCUUCAUACGGGGAGAGAUCAAACGAGAGGGGUUUGGGCUACCGGUCAAGACCGUGAACAAGCCAAAGACAAAAAAGAAAAAAUGUCUCGACAGCCCUUUAGGUCACAUGUUUAGUACGUACCAGGUCAACAUCAGGCAGUCCUGUGACCUGUGUGGUUUCUACAUCUGGGUUAUGGAGAAGGCCUACAUGUGCAGCGCUUGCAAAUUGAUAUGUCACAAGAAAUGCCUUUCCAAAAUCAUCACUGACUGCUCAACUCGAUGUACCAGGCUGGACGAUGGAGAACCUGGCUGUCUGCACUUUGGGGUGCAGGUGUGUGUACUGACCAGUAAGACCUACCCGAUCCCCAUGGUACUUCUGAUGAUGCUGGAGCAUGUUGAGAUGAAUGGCCUGUACACAGAGGGCCUCUACCGUAAAUCUGGUUCUGCCUCGCACGCCAGGGAAUUACACCAACUACUGGAGAUAAACCCUGAGACGGCGACUCUGGAGAACUACUCCAUCCACACGGUGACUGGCCUGGUGAAACGCUGGUUCAGAGAGCUGCCUGACCCCCUCCUGACUUACCGCCUCUACAAGGACUUCCUGCACGCCGUUGAGUUGCCAGAGCAAUCUGAGCGGCUUCGUGCGGUCUACCAGAAACUGGACGAGCUUCCGUCCGCUAACUUCAAAACACUGGAGAGAUUGGUCUUUCACCUGGUCAGAGUGGCAAAGGAGGAAGAACACAACAGGAUGUCAGCAAACUCCCUGGCCAUAGUGUUUGCCCCCUGCAUUCUGCGAUCCCAAGACACCACUGACCCCUUCCUAGUCAUGAAGGACGUCUCCAAGACAACCACGUGUGUCGAGAUCUUGAUCUCUGAACAGUUCAGACGGUACACUGAGAAGAUGAAGGAUAUCACCGAGCUGGAAUACGCUGAGGCCUUGGCCGUCAACCAGCUCAAACUCAAGAGACAGAACACUAUCUCAGAGAAACCUCCAUCGGAGCUGGACGCCCCUCACAUGGACAACCUUGACCCGUUGGAUAUAGACAUGGAAUCAGAGAGGAACCUCAUCGAAAGGAUAAAAUCCAUCAAGCAGGAGAAGGAGGAGCUGGCGUGCAGGUUGCCAGAGCUGGAGCAGGAGAACUCCGACAACGACAACCUGGACUCUGAGUCAUCAAUCAGCUCAGAGAGCCUGGACUCAGAAGGCAGAAUGAACCUGUUGUGGAGGAGCCCAAGGCAGGAGUGCCCUCCUAAGCCACCUGACCUGUUCCAGAGAACUACUACAGCCACUGACCAGGCUAGAUGGAUAGAAUCCCCAGCCCACAACAAAACCAGGAGCAGGAACUUCUCAGAGCUGGACAUCCCUUUCAUAGAUGAGGAAGAGGACUAGCCUGGGUGACAGUCUGUUUUUGCUCCAAAUGGAAUUAUCAUGCCAAACAUGGCUGUACAAUGACAGCAAUGGAGUUGGAAAGAGCACUAAACAGAUCUGGGACCAGGCUAGAGGACAUCUAGGAUGGGGCCAUAUUGUCCUCCGACAGGUGGCGUCUCUAAUACAUGAUGCUAAUCCUUCGACUGAUGGCAUUGGAGCUGUGUUAUGGCAACAAGAACCAAGCACAUGAUGUAUAUUUUCCUACAUCCAUUUGUGUGUGUGUGUGUGUGUGCGUGUGUGUGUGUGUGUGUGUGUGUAAUGAUCAAAGCUCAAAUCAAAUCUAAUUUUGUUUGUCACAUGCGCCGAAAACAACAGAUGUCGACGUUACCUUAAAAUGCUUAGUUUUUAAAAGGUAAGAAAAAUGUGCUAACUUAAUCUAGGGAAAAUAGUCACACAAUAAGGGGCUGUAUACAAGGGGUACCUAUACCAAGUCAAUGUGAAGGGGUACGGGUUAGUCUAGGUAACUGAGGUAAUAUUUACAGGACCAGUCAAAAGUUUGGACACCUACUCAUUCAAGAGUUUUUCUUCAUUUGUACUAUUUUCUACAUUGUAGAAUAAUAGUGAAGACAUAUAACACAUAUUAAAUCAUGUACGUAGUAACCCAAAAAGUGUUAAACAAAUAAAAAUAUAUUUUAGAUUCUUCAAAGUAGCCACCUUUUGCCUUGAUGGACAGCUUUGCACACUCUUGGCAACAGUCUUGAAAGAGUUCCCACAUAUGCUGAGCACUUGUUGGCUGCUUUUCCUUCACUCUGUGGUCCAACUCAUCCCAAACCAUCUCAAUUGGGUUGAGAUCAGGUGAUUGUGGAGGCAAGGUCAUCUGAUGCAGCACUCCAUCACACUCCUUGGUCAAAUAGUGUGUUUUGGGUCAUUGUCCUGUUGAAAAACAAAUGAUACUCCCACUAAGUGCAAACCAGAUGUGAUGACGUAUCGCUGUGGUAGCCAUGCUGGUUAAGUGUGCCUUGAAUUCGAAAUAAAUCACUGACAGUGUAACCAGCAAAGCACCCCCACACUAUCACACCACCUCCUCCAUGCUUCACAGUGGGAACCACACAUGAGGAGAUCAUCCGUUCACCUACUCUGCGUCUCACAAAGACACGGCAGUUGGAACCAAAAAUCUACAAUUUGAACUCAUCAGACCCAAGGACAGAUUUCCACUGGUCAAAUCAAAUCAGUUUGUCACGUGUGCCGAAUACAACAGUGAAAUGCUUACGUUUAAUGUCUAAUGUCCAUUGCUCGUGUUUCUUGGCCCAAGCUUGUCUCUUCUUAUUAUUGGUGUCGUUUAGUAGUGAUUUCUUUAUAGCAAUUUGACCAAGAAGGCCUGAUUCACGCAGUCUCCUCUGAACAGUUGAUGUUGAGAUGUGUAUGUUACUUGAACUCUGUGAAGCAUUUAUUUGGGCUGCAAUCUGAGGUGCAGUUAACUCUAAUGAACUUGUCCUUUGCAGCAGAGGUAACUCUGGGUCUUCCUUUCCUGUGGUGGUCCUCAUGAGAGCCAGUUUCGUCAUAGAGCUUGAUGGUUUUUGCAACGGCACUUGAAGAAACUUGAAAAGUUCUUGAAAUUCUCAAGAAUGACUGGCCUUCAUGUCUUAAAGUAAUGAUGGACUGUCAUUUCUCUUUGCAUAUUUGAGCUGUUCUUGCCAUAAUAUGGACUUGGCUUUUACCAAAUAGGGCUAUCUUCUGUAUACCACCCCUAUCUUGUCACAACACAACGGAUUGGCUCAAAUGCAAAUUAACUUUUAACAAGGCACACCUUUUAAUUGAAAUGCAUUCCAGGUGACUAUCUCGUGAAGCUGGUUGAGAGAAUGCCAAGAGCGUGCAAAGCUGUUAUCAAGGCAAAGGGUGGCUAAUUUGAAGAAGCUCAAAUAUAAAAUAUAUUUUGAUUUGUUUAACUCUUUUUGGGGGGUUACUACAUGAUGCCAUGUGUUAUUUCAUAGUUUUGAUGUCUUCACUGUUAUUCUACAACGUAGAAAAUAGUAAGAAAGACCCUUGAAUGAGUAGGUGUGUCCAAAUGUUUGACUGGUACUGUACAUGUAGGUAGGGGUAAAGUGACUAUGCAUAGAUAAUAAACAGAGUAGCAGCAGUGUAUGUGAAGCGUGUGAAUGUAUGUAUGUGUUUGUGUCUGAGUUUUUGUGUAGUGUGUGUGGCUAGAGUCCAGUGAGGGUACAUCGAGCCUGUGCAAGAAAGUCGGUGCAAUUUUUUUUGAAUAACUAAGAGAUGGCCACCCGGAAUAUGUAAAUUGUCCGGGUGGCCAUUUGAUUAACUGUUCAGCAGUCUAAUGGCUUGUGGGUAGAAGCUCUCAAGGAGCCUUUUGGUCCUAGACUUGGCGCUACGGUACCGCUUGCCAUGCGGUAGCAGAGAGAACAGUCUGUCACUUACAUUUUUACAUUUUAGUCAUUUAGCAGAUGCUCUUAUUCAGAGCGACUUACAGUAGUGAGCGCAUACAUUUUUAUAUUUGUUCGUACUGGGCCACUGUGGGAAUCGCACCCACAACCCUGGCAAGUGCCGUGCUCUACCAACUGAUCUUCCUUUUGACACCGCCUGGUAUAGAGAUCCUGGAUGGCAGGAAGUGAUGCACUGGGCCAUACACACUGGUUAUGCAACCAGUCAGAAUGCUCUCGAUGGUGCAGCUGUAGAACCUUUUGAGAAUCUAAGGACCCAUGCCAAAUCUUUUCAGCCUCCUGAGGGGAGAAUAGGUGUUGUUGUGCCCUCUGACAGUCUUGGUGUGUUUGAACCAUGAUAGGUCCUUAGUGACAUGAACACUAGGGAACAUGAAGCUCUCGUUCUGCUCCACUACAUCUCAGUCUAUGUGAGGGAGGGGUGAUUGGCCCUCCUCCUGUAGUCCACGAUGCUGCUGUUGACGUUGAGAGCCUCUUAAGAAAGCAUCUGUGGUUUUCUAAUGAUGUCAUAAUGGAAUUACACAAGACACAGUGCAGUCUGUUGUACCAAUGCACCUUUGAUAUUAACCAUGUACAAUCUCAUGUUAUUGUAAAGCCAAGUAUUUUGGAUGUCUCACCUGUGGACAGUAGUAUAACGAGGACCAAAUCAUUUUAAUCCAUAAUACAGGUACCUUGUUUGCAAUGGACUACUUCUAUGCCACCUAGUUUGGUACUUUGUGAAAUAAAUGUCCUAUUUUUAUUGAUAAUUAACCUCAAAUGAAAACAAUACAGUCAAGAUUGUUUUAAGGUUAUCAGCAUAUUUGUGUUUUUCUGUUUUCUUUGAAAUUGAGAUGGAUAUUUUCACCUUGGUCCUCCUUUUUUUAUUAACAAUAUAUUUACUGACAUAUUUUCACAUUUUCACAAGCACCCCACCCCCCUCCCCUCCAAAAACAUGACAAUUAAAGGUUGACUCAUCUAAAUGAUAUAGACACAAAGCAGCACUGAAGAGAUUGCAAUGAGCGAGAUGCAAGACUUUGCUCUUAAGACUGGAAUCAUGAAUCUGCAUGAGUUUGCUUCACAUAGUUACAAUGUGAAGCGUACAGGACCAAAACAGCGGAGAAGUUUAACCUCACUUCAAUGCUCUUAGUUGUUGCUUAACUUGACCGACAAUGCUAUUUACUUUGAGCAUCUACUUCAUAUCUCUGAGUCUACCUUUUAAGAUAAUGCACCUUCUCUCUCCCUCAUCAUAGAUUUAAAUGACUGCCUGCUCACUUCUGUAAUGUUGUAUAUUACUUUAUCAUGUCUGUGUAUUAUGAAUGGGGUCAUUCCCGAAUUAUACUGAGCAAAAAUGUAAACGCAACCAUUUCUAAGAUUUCACUGAGUUAUAAGAAAAUCAAGUCAAUUGAAAUAAAUAAAUUAGGCCCUAAUGUAUGGAUUUCACAUGACUGGGCAGUGGUGCAGCCAUGGGUGGGCACAGGCCCACCCACUGUGGAGCCAGGCCCAGCCAAUCAGAAUGAGUUUUUCCCACACAAAAGGGCUUUAUGACAGACAGAAAUACUCCUCGGGCACAACAAAAAAUAUAAAAUAUAAAUAAAUGUAGGGCUUUAUGACAGACAGAAAUACUCCUCGGGCACAACAAAAAAUAUAAAAUAUAAAUAAAUGUAGGGCUUUAUGACAGACAGAAAUACUCCUCGGGCACAACAAAAAAAUAUAAAUAAAUGUAGGGCUUUAUGACAGACAGAAAUACUCCUCGGGCACAACAAAAAAUAUAAAAUAUAAAUAAAUGUAAAGUGUUGGUGCCAUGUUUCAUGAGCUGAAACUUAAAGAUCCCAGAAAUGUUCCAUACGCACAAAAAGCUUAUUUCUCUCCAAUUUUGUUUACAUCCUUGUUAGUGAGCAUUUAUCCUUUGCCAAGAUAAUCCAUCCACCUGGCAGGUGUGGCAUAUCCAGAAGCUGAUUUAAACAGCAUGAUUAUUACACAGGUGCACCUUGUGCUGGGGACAAUAAAAGGCCCCUGAAAUGUGCAGUUUUGUAACACGACACAAUGCCACAAAUGUCUCAAGUUUUGAGGGAGCGUGCAAUUGGCAUACUGACUGCAGGAAUGUCCACCAGAGCUGUUGCCAGAGGAUUUAAUGUUAAUUUCUCUACCAUUAACCGCAUACAAGGUCAUUUUAGAGAAUUUGGCAGUACUUCCAACCGGCCUCACAACCAGUCCACGUGUAUGGUGUCUGUGGGUGAGCGGUUUGCUGAUGUCAACAUUGUGAACAGAGUGCCCCAUGGUGGCGGUGGGGUUAUGGUAUGGGCAGGCAUAAGCUACAGACAACAAUGAUGGCAAUUUGAAUGCACAAAAAUACCAUCUUGAGAUCCUGAGGCCCACUUUUGUUAAGGUAUCUGUGACCAACAGAUGCAUCUGUAUUCCCAGUCAUGUGAAAUCCAUAGAUUCAAUUCAUAUUUCAACUGACUGAUUUCCUCGAACUGUAACACCGUAAACUCAAUGCAAUUGUUGCAUGUUGGGUUUUCACUUACGUAUUUGAUGGACAUGUCUCUGUGCCAAACAACCAAUACACGAAGACGAGGUGAAAAGGUAA